AUGGCAUCACCAACAACUCCAUCUAGCACUGCUACCACACCUGAAUGUACUACCGCCAUUCCCGGUCCUCAUGGCUAUGUCCCGCCAUCCUCGUGCAAUGCACUUUACCUCUACAACCCCUCCUUUUCCGCUGCCGUAGCCUUCGCCGUCCUUUUCGGUCUCCUCACAAUCGCGCACAUCCUCCUCGCGAUUCUCCAUCGGAAACGCUUCUGCUGGGUGAUCAUCACAGGCGCAAUCUGGGAAUUGACAUCCUUCAUCUUACGUACCCUCGGCACGCGAGAUCAACAAAACGAAGCGUACGCAACUGCAUCAACAUUGCUCUUCCUACUAGCACCACUGUGGAUCAAUGCGUUCGUCUACAUGACAGCCGGCCGACUGGUCUACCUCUUGCAUCCCAGAAAGAGACUUUGGGGUAUCGAAGCGGUGAAGAUGGGUCGCUGGUUUGUGUGGCUUGAUAUCCUUAGUUUCAUCGUCCAGGCAGCGGGCGGAUUGAUGAUGAAUCAAGAAAAUGGGGCGAAAGUGAUCGGGAUCGGCAAGAACGUGUAUAUGAGUGGCGUGGGUGUGCAGCAGCUCUUCAUUCUGAUCUUCCUGGGGAUGAUUGUGAGAUUCCAUAUCGAUAUGCUGAGAUUGGAGCGCGAUGGCCGAUUGUGCGAUAACAAUGGCCGAUGGAGAAGAGUUGCGCUGUGGAAGUGGCUGACAUAUACGUUGUAUUCUGUUCUUGGACUGAUCACGAUACGCAUCAUCUUUCGGCUCGUGGAGUUCUCGGCCGGUAUUGAUGAAUCGGCGAAUGCCCUCAUUGGGACAGAAGGCUAUGCACUAGGGCUGGAUGCCGUACCGAUGAUGUUGGCGCUUUCGCUACUAGCGGCUGUGCACCCGGGUGUCGUCUUGAGAGGGCCUGGAAGUGAAUUUCCGUCGCGCAAGGAAAGGAAGUUGGAGAAGAAGGCAAGGAAAAUGAAGAAGAAUCGUGGAAAGCUGGCCUUAUUGUGGAAGACAACGUACGUAGGGAAGGUGUGA